GCUUAGAAAUGAUUGUCGUAUAAGGAGUUGGCUAUGGCAAACAGGAAGCGUCAGAGCACUACAGCCAGCAUGCUGGAUCACAGAGCAAGAGCUUGCCCAACCUCAUCUCACAACAGGGAGCCUGAAAAUGAGGAAAGUGAUCUUCCUAUUGAAGAUUAUCCAGCAAAGGAGGCAGAACUAGCAACCAUCAGACAAGGCAGUCCUACACCCUUGGAACAUGAGUGCAAUGAUCAUAGCGGAGACGGUGACUCCAGCUCUGACUAUGUGAAUAACACCUCUGAGGAGGAGGACUAUGAUGAAGGCUUGCCAGAAGAGGAGGAAGGGAUCACAUACUACAUUAGAUACUGUCCAGAGGAUGACAGUUACCUGGAAGGAAUGGACUGCAAUGGAGAAGAAUAUGCUGCCAACGAGGAACAUCAUAUUGAAACAGAUGAAUGUCAGGAAGCUGUAGAAGAGUGGUCUGAAGGUAAAAUUCAGCACCAGGAUGAAAAUGAGGUGACAGACAGACAAGAGUGGCAGGAAGGUCAAGAUAACAGCAUUCAGGUUUUAGAGGAUGAAGCAUCAUCUUUGGAGAUUCAAGACCAAGAUGAGAAUAUACAAUAUUGUCAAAGUGAAGGUGGCUACCCGGACUAUUACCCAGCAGAGGCUAAUGGAAACUCACAGGGGAUAUCACCAUAUCAUUCUAGAAAAGAGGAUGCAGAGCUGGAAGAGCAGGAAGAGGACAUUGACCAGAUUGUAGCAGAAAUCAAAAUGAGUAUGAGCAUGAGCAGCAUAAACAGUACAACAGAGAUGAGUCCAGAGCACACUGGGACUGAAAGCAUGGCACAUGACUAUAAAGAGACUUGUUCAAAGGGAGAAGCUGUUCACAGUGCUAACAGGCAUGAAGGAAGGCCAAAAUCACUGAAUAUCCCAUCUGCCUCUAAGCACGGUGGAGAUGUGCCUAGAGGUUUUAAAGCAAAAUCAAGAACUCCAGAGGACAGACAGAAGUGGCCACAAGAGCAGAUGUGCAAUGGUUUAGAACAGCCAAGGAAGCAGCAGCGUUCUGACCUCAAUGGCCCAGUUGACAAUAAUAACACACCUGAGUCAAAGAAAGUGUCUUCAUUUCCAAGUUUUGUUGAUGUUCCAGGACCUUGCGAACCUGAAGACCUCAUUGAUGGGAUCAUCUUUGCAGCCAAUUACCUGGGCUCUACACAGCUGCUCUCUGAGCGCAACCCUUCCAAAAACAUAAGGAUGAUGCAGGCUCAAGAGGCAGUGAGCCGUGUUAAGAGGAUGCAAAAGGCGGCUAAAAUCAAGAAAAAAGCGACCUCAGAAGGAGAUUCCCAGGCCUUGACUGAGGUGGACCUGUUCAUCUCCACACAGAGAAUCAAAGUUCUAAAUGCAGACACACAGGAAACAAUGAUGGAUCACGCGCUGCGCACAAUCUCGUAUAUUGCUGACAUUGGUAACAUUGUGGUUUUAAUGGCACGACGCCGCAUGCCGAGAUCAGCUUCUCAAGACUGUAUUGAAACAACACCUGGUGCCCAGGAAGGAAAGAAGCAGUAUAAAAUGAUAUGCCAUGUCUUUGAAUCAGAGGAUGCACAGCUGAUAGCUCAGUCUAUUGGUCAGGCUUUCAGUGUGGCUUACCAGGAGUUUUUAAGAGCCAAUGGAAUUAACCCUGAGGAUCUCAGUCAGAAAGAGUACAGUGACAUCAUCAAUACCCAGGAGAUGUACAACGAUGAUCUCAUACACUUUUCCAAUUCAGAAAACUGCAAAGAGCUCCAGCUAGAAAAACAGAAGGGAGAAAUUCUUGGAGUAGUGAUUGUGGAAUCUGGAUGGGGAUCCAUUCUACCCACUGUUAUCCUGGCAAACAUGAUGAAUGGAGGCCCUGCAGCCCGUUCAGGAAAACUAAGCAUUGGAGACCAGAUUAUGUCUAUUAAUGGGACCAGUUUAGUUGGUCUACCUCUUGCAACAUGCCAAGGGAUCAUAAAGGGUCUCAAGAAUCAGACACAAGUCAAACUGAACAUUGUCAGCUGCCCUCCCGUCACCACUGUACUCAUAAAACGGCCAGACUUGAAAUACCAGUUGGGUUUCAGCGUUCAGAAUGGAAUUAUUUGCAGCUUGAUGCGAGGUGGAAUAGCUGAGAGGGGAGGGGUUAGAGUGGGUCAUCGUAUUAUUGAGAUCAAUGGACAGAGUGUUGUUGCAACUGCUCACGAGAAGAUAGUACAAGCACUGUCUAAUUCAGUGGGAGAGAUUCAUAUGAAGACUAUGCCAGCUGCCAUGUUCAGGCUUCUAACUGGGCAAGAAACACCCCUAUACAUCUAGCAUGCGACUCUCUUGCAGGAAAAUGAUUAAAUGAUUCCAUCAAAGCCGAAUGAAUUAAUGAUUCCAUCAAAGCCCUCAUAGCUGAAGAGAAUUUUGUAUUUUGUACAAAUGAAAGGCUUUGAAGCUGCCAUGAGGACUCCGAAACAAGGAACAGACGGGUGUCUGUUUUUCCUCUCCUUUUUAUUUCUUUGCCAAAAAGCAAUGAGAAGGAUGGUCAAGGACAAUAAUUACUGACGCAAAAUCUUUGUAAAUCAUUCAAGUAUUUUGCAACAUCUUCUAAACUCUUUUCUCAUAAAACUUAAAACAUAUUUAUUUGUAACCUUUACGUGGAGUGAUGUAUGUAUGUCUGUCCUGUUUGAUAACACGAUGAAUGUGAAAACUUGAUGAAUGAGACUACAGGAAAUGGCAAAGAUAAGCAUUUAGAGAAAACUAUGGCUGCCUGAAGCUAUAAAAAAGAAUCCCAGUCCAUAAAGUGGUCCGAGAGCAUUGUGUAAUUUUAAAACUGGUGCUGAAUAGAUGGUAUUUCAGUGGAAAGGAAUGUGUGCAGUUAAACCUUUUAGAUUCUAAUGUAAAGAAAACCACUGUAGUACUUGGUAUUGUUAUGACAAGUGUAACCUGUUUGGCAAGGUGUGAACAUAAACAUGUAACAAGUGUUUCAUAUGCUAAAUAAAGAAUAAUUGCCACAAGAUAAAAAUCAAAAUAUUUAUUUAGAUACAUAUUUAUUUUUAAUGCUUGUGAUUUUUAUGAUUUAACUGAGUGAUUUCAUGGAUGACUUAUUGCACAGUUUGUGUAAUGUAUGUGUU